AUUCCACUCAUAAAAUGUCUAUAACUGGCCAUUGUUUAAUAAAACACGAUAUUUACUUUACACCUUAUGACACAAAGUGGAUCCCAUGUUCCUCAAGAUUAUGUGUUGUGGGUGCAAAUAGUCAUGGGGCAGGUACCAUUGCAGUAUAUGGCUUAGUCGACAAGCACUUAGAGUUGAAACAAGAGGUAGAAACAAGUUCUGCAGUGCGUUGCGGGGUUGUGACAGGACAAGCACGCAACUUUGCCACAGGUGAUUUCGAUGGUCAAUUACAAAUCUGGGACGUACAACGAUUCGACAUUCCUCUUGUAUCAUUCAAAGCACAUGACAGCAUCAUAAAUUCAAUUGACAGCUUGAAUCGAGUAGAUCAACCUCAAGAAUUAGUCACCGGUAGUAGAGAUGGUUGUGUUAAAGUUUGGGACGUUCGACAACCGGAAAAGGCAGUGUUGACAGUAAAAUCUAAAGAUAACUCAAAAGACAUUUGGGCUGUUGCCUAUGGACAAUUAAAGGGACACAAAGUAAUUGCUGUAGGCUACGAGGAUGGAAAUAUCAAGUUAUUCAAUGUCGAUAGUGCACAAUAUUUAUGGGAAACGCAUGUUAAAGAUGGUGUAUGCUCAAUUGAUUUUGACAAAGAAGUCCUCCGUGUCAGUACAUUGUCAGGCGCAUUUAUAAUCAACGUAGAUUCAGGAAAAUCAACAGAGAUACCAUUCCCAGCAGACACAACCUUAUGGUCCAUUCGUCAUAUACCACAACAACCGAAUUAUUUUGCUGUAGCUGGCGGUGAUGGCAAUCUUUCGACAUAUGAUCAAAAAUCACUUACAAAACCCAUCAAUGUCCUCAAUUUAUCCAAACAUCCCAUCAUUUCAUUAGACUGGAACAAAGAUAAAAAGGGAUUGUUUGCGUGUAGUUCAUUUGAUCAAACCAUCAAGAUUGGUAUGAUUCAAAACUUGUAAAAAUAGUAACAA